AUUUAACCCGCACCGGAAACAGACGAAAAGAGCCUUCCCGCCGCAGAUGACGAGAUGGCAGCCUAUACUUUUUCGGAAUCUAAGCUUCGCGCCAAUCGCGCCUAUCGCGCCUUUUCGUCAACGCAUGAUCUCAAGUGAGGGGCAACUUCCAUUAGAGCGCGCAUAAUCGCCUCCUUGACAUAGCGGCUACCUCACUGUAUAAAUACAGGCGAUUCCCACCGGAAACAAAUUCAAUUCCACUCUCACUCCAUUUAGCUAAUUGUUACCACUCACCGGGAUACUCUCCAGACAUCUAGUAGUUUUGUUCCCAGUUUCUCCCUAGAAUUUUCACCAAUUCCUAGAAUUCCACCCCUCAGAAAGCCUACUCCCCGCUAAAACAACUAGAAUCCACGUAUUUUUUUUUGAUGUCGUCGCUUGGCCCUUCAAACUUGCGCAAGCUCGCCACCAGCAGCACCAUCCGCCCUAUCUUAACCUCCAUCUUCAAGAAGGGCUCUGCCGAAGUGGCAGCAAACACUGCGACCGAAACGCCAAAGAGCAAGAGCGCUUUCGCUAAUGUCGCCAACCAGCACUUUUUGAACCAGAAAAUCAAGGAGGCCGAUCCUGACAUGGCCGAUAUCUUGAACCAGGAGCGCGCGCGGCAGCGCAACUCGCUCACCUUGAUCAGCGCUGAAAACUUCACCUCCCAAGCGGUGCUCACGUUGUUGGGCUCCGAGUUCCAGAACAAGUACAGCGAGGGUGGCCUUGUGGGGGAGCGCUACUACGGUGGUAACGAUGUGGUGGACGCGUGCGAAAAGUUAUGCCAGGAGCGCGCCUUGGGGUUGUUCGGCUUGAACCCGGACCAGUGGGGCGUCAAUGUGCAGCCGUUGCUGGGUGCCAUCGCGAACUUGUACGUCUACACAUCUUUGCUCAAGACCGGGGACAAGAUUAUGGGCUUAGACAUGCCCGCGGACAAGCAAAACGGUGGCUACAUUGCCCAGUACUACGACACCAAGAUGUUCCGCGUCACCGGCGCAGAAGGGUUGUUGGACUACGAUCUCCUUGCCACUAGGGUGCAACGGUUCAAGCCAAAGUUGAUUCUGACCAUCACUGCCAACUACGCCCGGAAGAUUGACUACCGCCGAAUGCGCGAGAUCGCCAACAGCGUGGGAGCCUACUUGUUGUGCGAUAUCUCACACAUUUCGGGGGCGUUGACAGAGCCAUACUUGUCACAAAUUGGAGGUAGCAACAGCGAUCUGAGCUAUCCGUUCUCACCGUUUGAGUUUGCCGAUGUGGUGAUCACCACUACCCAUAAGUCGCUCCGUGGGCCACGCGGCGCCAUGAUCUUUUUCCGUAUGCCAGAGUACCAGCAGGAUCAUGCCCACUCUUUGAAGAAUGACAUAUCCUCAAGCUACUUCCCGACUAGCCAGGGCUCCCCACAGAACCACACCAUUGCCGCUCUUGCGGUAGCUUUAAAGCAGGCCAACUCGCCGGAGUUUGCCAUUUACCAACACUCUGUUCAUGACAACGCAGCGCACUUUGCGGAGGCUUUGAAGGCCAGAGGGUUCAAGUUGAGAGCGGGUGGUGGUACCGAAACCCAUCUCUUGCUUAUCGAUUUGCACAACAAGGGUAUUGAUGGCUCCCGCUUAGAGUUCAUGCUCGACAAAAUCCACAUUCUCACCAACAAAAUUCCGUUGUCGUACGAAACCGCGAAUGGGAUCACUUCUAGAACAGCCUCUGGGGAGCAGCCAAAUGGGUUGAAGAUUGGUGUUCCGGCUAUGACUACUCGAAGCUUCACCCCGGUAGAAUUUGAUAAGGUUGCGCAGUAUAUCGAUACCGCUGUCAGUAUCGGCAAACGCAUUCAAGGCCAGGUUGACGCUGCGGAUUCCUUAAUGAAUGAUGCCGAGAAGCUUAUCGAAUACAAGAAGCUUGUGGUCAAGGACGAAGAGGUGAAUGUGUUGGGCAGAGAGGUCAGUGCCUGGGUGUCUGACUACCCGGUCCCAGGUGGAUAUUAAUCUAAUGGCAUACGAAG